UUCCGCUAAUGACGUGGUCAACAUCCUGUGUAGUUUGGAAAAGGGGAGUUUUUUUGCUAGAAAUAUCUCUGGUUAUAGUUAAUACCACCAUCGCUUAACUAAACAAGCUAGUGAAACUAUAUUCAAAAAUAAAUGUGUAUUUAUUUUAAACUUGUUAAAAUUGUACUGAAAGCUAACGUUAAUUAGUUAACGUUAAGCUAGCCUACUCGUACUAUAGCCGGUAAUUUCUGGUGGAUCAAGUUUGUGUCGAGGAGAGAACAGGGCUGCCUGCGUUAGAAGACAGAGGUUAUUCACACCACCACCAUGAAGCUUUUCAGUCUGAGUGUGCUGUAUAAAGGGACCACCAAGUCUAACCUACUGAAAGCUGCCUUCGACCUGUCAUCCUUCAGCUUCUUCCAGAAGUCCAGUGUUCAGGAGUUCAUGACAUUCACCAGUGACCUCAUAGUUCAACGCUCGUCUAUAGGGAGCCGAGCCUCUGUCAAAGAACAAGAAUACCUGUGUCACGUGUAUGUAAGGAACGACUCCCUGGGUGCGGUGGUGAUUGCUGACGGAGAGUAUCCCUCUAGAGUGUGCUUCACCCUCCUGGAUAAGGUGCUGGAGGAAUUUUCCAGACAGGUGAGCAGUAUAGACUGGCCCUCUGGUUCUCCUGACACUGUCCACUAUACUGCCCUGGACAGCUACCUCGCCAAGUACCAGAAUCCUCGGGAGGCGGACGCAAUGAGUAAAGUACAAGCUGAGCUGGACGAAACCAAAAUAAUUCUGCACAACACUAUGGAAAGUCUGUUGGAGAGAGGAGAGAAGCUGGAUGAUCUAGUCCAGAAGUCCGAACACCUGGGGAACCAGUCUAAAGCCUUCUACAAGACGGCGCGGAAGCAGAACUCUUGCUGUGAGGUCAUGUGAUGUUGCUGAACCCCUCUUGAUCUCCUCACCCCCCGGAUGUGCCAUGACUAUCAGCCUACAUAUUAUACUUCUUACUCUGCGUGUGUGUGAGCAUACUGGCGAAAUGGUUGUGUGGUGAAGUGUAUCAGGUGAUAGUUGUUGGAGCCUUUUUGCAGUUGAUUAGGCCUAAGUGUUGUUUUCUGAAUAUGUUGAGUGAAUUCUAUACAUUCCUAGUUGUGAAAAAGUACAUGACUUGUUUGUGUGUGUGAGAAGUGAACAUUGUGUGUGUGCGCAUGUGUGUGUACAGUCAAGCAGGGGUUAUUAAACCUUUUCAGCCUGUGAACCAAA